AUGGAUUAUCAGAACCGUGCCGGCUCCAAAUUCGGCGGCGGCGGCGUCGCCUCAACCUCAGCAACAAACGCAGACCGACGAGAACGCCUGCGCAAACUCGCCCUCGAGACUAUCGACCUAGACAAGGACCCCUACUUCUUCAAAAACCAUGUCGGCUCCUUUGAAUGUCGUCUCUGUCUCACAGUUCACCAAAAUGAUGGCUCCUACCUCGCACACACCCAGGGGCGCAAGCAUCAAACGAACCUGGCGCGGCGCGCAGCGCGGGAGCAGAAGGAGGGAAGAGCAGGUACGGAUCCAGUUACGGGAUUACCGAUAGGGAUGGUGGGCGCGCAGGUCAGUGUUAGGAAGAAUAUGGUGAAGAUUGGACGGCCUGGGUACAAGAUUACGAAGACAAGGGACCCGGUUACGAGACAGCAGGGCUUGCUAUUCCAGUUGCAGUAUCCUGAAGCCUCGCCGGAUGUAGAGCCCAAGGUCAGAUUCAUGAGUGCGUUUGAGCAGAAGGUGGAUGAUCCGCCAGACAAGAACUUUCAGUAUAUGUUGGUUGCGGCAGAGCCGUAUGAGACAUGUGGAUUCAAACUUCAGGCGCGCGAGGUGGACCGUACGAAUGAUCGGUUCUGGACGUGGUUUGAUGCGGAUUUGAAGGAGUUUUGGGUGCAAGUUAUGUUCAAGACGGACAGAGAAGAAAGGUAUAGCGGUGUUCCUGGUUUGGCACCUUCAGGACAUGCCAGACGAUGA